AUGGGUUUGCACUCAGCCCAGAAGAAACACUUUCCCCUGCGGGGGAUCGACGGUGUGGUUCAGCUGUUUGAUGCUGAGCUCCGCAAGUCUGAGCCAGACCUAGCCCUUCUCUCCCUGGUCCUGGGUUUUGUCGAGCAUUUCCUAGCUGUGAACCGGGUCGUCCCCAUAAACGUCCCAGGGGUCCGGUUUGAACCGCUGGAGCCGGACUGCCCCACCUCCUGCUUCCCCACAGUGGAGCUGGGCAUGAUUUCUGCACUGUACGAGCGCUUCACGGCCCAGAUCCGCGGCGCUGUGGACCUGUCCCAGUACCGGAGGACUGCUGCAGGGUCCAGCAGGGAGCUGGUGAAGAAAGUGUCAGAUGUGAUCUGGAACAGUCUAAGCCGCUCUUACUUCAAGGACCGGGCCCACAUCCAGUCCCUCUUCAGUCUCAUCACUGGUACCAAACUGGACAGCUCCGGUGUGGCAUUCGCAGUCGUGGCAGCCUGCCAGGUUCUGGGUCUGAAGGACGUCCACCUGGCACUGUCUGAGGACCACGCCUGGGUGAUUUUCAGCAAAAACGGCGAAGAAACGGCUGAGGUCACCUGGCACGGGAAGGGUAACGAGGACCGACGAGGACAAACCGUCGCAGCGGGAGUCAGCGAGAAGAGUUGGCUGUAUCUGAAGGGCUCCUACAUGAAAUGUGACAGAAACAUGGAGGUGGCCUUCAUGGUUUGUGCCAUCAACCCCUCACUGGACCUGCAUACUGACAGCUCUGAGCUCCUGCAGCUACAACAGAAACUCCUGUGGUUGCUGUAUGAUCGAGGCGACCUGGACAGGUAUCCUAUGGCCAUGGGCACUCUGGCAGACCUCGAAGAUCAGGAUCCGAUCCCAGGCAAGGAGAGCCCCCUGAAAAUCCACCUCAAGGCUGUCAGUUCUGCUCAGCAGUACUAUAACAACGAGCACAUCUACCCCUACAUGUACCUGGGUGGUUUCCAUUACAGACACAGGGAUGUGCGGGAGGCUCUCAAGUCCUGGGCUGAGGCCGCUCAGGUCAUGCAGGACUAUAACUAUUUCCGUGAGGACGAGGAGAUCUACAAGGAGUUCUUUGACAUUGCAAACGACGUUAUCCCCAAUCUGCUGAAGGAGGCGGCUGCUGCUGCAGAGAGUCCUGGGGAGGGAGGGGAGGGAGGAGAAGGAGCUGACAAGGAGCACCCCAAGCAGGCAGCCGCCCUCUCCGCACUCCAGGACCCAGAAUGCUUUGCCCACCUGCUGUGUUUCUAUGAUGGCAUCUGCAAAUGGGAGGAGGGCAGUCCCACGCCGGUCCUUCAUGUGGGCUGGGCCACCUACCUGGUCCAGUCUCUGAGCCGCUUUGAUGCUCAGGUGCGUCAGAAGGUGUCGAUCAUCACCAAAGAGCCAGAGGCCCAGGAUGACGAUGACCUGUCCAGCGACGACCCCCGGGAGGGCCGCAGACGCGGCCCCAGGAGAGAGUCCAAGCCGGAUGAGCAGAGCUCUCCUCCUCCUGCUGCUCCCACCUCCCCAUCCAACCAGCCUGCAGCAGCAGCAGCCGCUGCAGCAGCCCAGCCCAAGAAAGUGGGAGAGGGAGGGGGCCGCCGCCGCUCCUCGCAGGGCCUGCGAGGGGAAAACGCUGACGGAAAACCCAACUCCCCCAGCCCGGACUCUUCCCCCUCGUCCCAGCAACAGGUGUCCCCCUCCCCCGCCGGUCCUGUGGUCGCCUUUCAGAGUGAGAAGAUGAAGGGGAUGAAGGGGCUGCUGUGUGCGGCCAAGGUGAACUCCAGCGCCAUCAAGCUGCAGCUCACCGCCCAGUCACAGGUCCAGAUGAAGAGGCAGAAGAGCACGCCGGCCGGGGAUUACUCCAUGUCCUUCAUGAAGCGGCAGCGCAAGUCACUCUAGACAUGUUGAAUUGUUGUAGGAGGAGUUGUUGAGACUCUUUAGGACAUACUGUGAACAGCAACACGGACAGCCGAUUAACCUCGCUUUUGUUUGUGAAACUAUUUUACCAGUAUUUUCAUCCAGUGGUUCGGUUCAGUCAAUAUCCUCAUCGUUCCUAGCAAUAUAUUUGACUUGCACACUUGAGUUAAGCAUCACAUAUCAGGUUUGAACUGAAGGAGUGAACAUUUCAUUCUGUUUUUAUUUAACUAUAGCCAGAUUUUUCUGGGGAACUGCCUAGUUUAAUAGAUUGUUAAGCACUCAUUCAUCAUUAGUUUGUGUUUUAAUUGGCAGCCAAUUGCACACUGACUAUUAACUUCUCAUUGACUUACAUGUGGAUGUUUGAAGCCAAAGUAACGAGGACGACCAGAAUACAACGUACAGAUGUGUAAAUAUCAACUUGUACCAUUAGGAAUCUGUCCAUGACUGAAGCCUUGGAAGUGAUUAAUUUAGGAUAGUUACUGUGUAACAUUGUCCACUUCUGCUCUAUCGACAGCUUCUUUCUUGCUAGCUCUAUGUUGCCUUACUUUGCCUUUGUUCUUUUCUAAAGUAGGUGGCCUUUAGUUUUAAGUUCGGCCUAUUUCUAAUGAUUAGAGAAGACCAGGAAGACCAUGCACUGUUGAGACGGAGCCACAUUAGGUGGCCCCGCUACAUCCUAUUUGCUUGAUGACUUGUGGUUUUUGUUCUUGUUUUUGUAUCUGCAAGUAAUAAAGACCUGAUGAAAAAGAA